GGCCGCCCAGCUGACACACUUUGCCGGUGGGUAGGUGCUUGAGAGACAGUAUUCCCCGAGUCAGUGGUCGCACAGGAUGUCUGCGGACGACGUGAUCAAAGCCCACGUUGCGGCGCUCAAAGAAGGUACAGAACGUGCCCGUGGUCUCGCUCAGACUUUACUUAACAUACCGUACGGAGAGGGAGAGGGAGAGAAACUGGACGUCUACAUCCCCAGCACGUCCUCUCUAGAUGUUCCCCUGGUUAUCUAUUUCCAUGGAGGUUACUGGCAGUUUCUCAGUAAGGAAGAGUCUGGAUUCAUGGCUGUCCCAUUGGUGCAUAAAGGUGUAGUGGUGGUGGCUGUUGGCUAUGACAUUGCUCCUAAAGGUAACAUGGAUUUGAUGGUUUCCCAAGUGCGCAGGAGUGUUGUGUCUGUCAUUCAGCAGUAUUCACAUAUCAGUGGUCUGUACCUGUGUGGUCACUCUGCUGGGGCCCAUCUGGCUGCUAUGGUUCUCUCCACUGACUGGUCACAGUACAAUGUCGUGCCUCGGAUCAAAGGUGCAUUCUUGGUCAGUGGUAUAUAUGACCUCCUGCCCAUCCUGUCUACGUACGUCAAUGAGCCUCUGAAGAUGACUGAGGACGUGGCACUGAGGAACAGCCCCAGCAAGUUGGUCCCUCAGUUAAAACUCUCCUCAUCCGACUGCCACAUAGUUGUUGCCGUUGCACAGAAUGACUCACCGGAGUUCAGGAAGCAGUCAGAAGAAUACCAUAAAGCUUUGAAGACAUCAGGAGUGAAUGUGACAAUGGAGGAUGUACCUAACACGGACCACUUCAAUAUCAUUGAACGACUGGUGGAUGGGGACUAUCGCCUCACACAGCUUCUCUUGAAGAUGAUGGGAAAGAACUAAGAAGACUGUUUUAUUCAUCGUGUAUCAAACAGGACACCAGAACAGAAUUAAGCUACACUGUUGAUUUUGAGUGACCACUGAAUAAAAUGCAUCCUUUUCAGUUUUGUAGACAAUGUUCAGCCAGUUGACGCAAGACUAAGGAAGCAAGUGAUUGAGUCAUUUUGACCCCCCCCCCAAAUCCAGCCCACUGCUGGACAUACUCUAUACCUCUGUUUUCUGUCAUUACUGCUGUUAACCACCUUCUAAUAUUUCAACCCAUACUUACCCCUUAAGGGAGACCAUCAUACAAGGGAUGAUAACUAUUAGUUACUAUCACUUAGUUAUAUUGAAAUUUGCUAAUUUGAUUGCAAUUAUUUAAUCCCUAAGAAUUCAUAAUAGUACUGUCACAGAAAUAACUUUCACUAAGUUUAUUCACUGCUGCUGAGUUCUUUUGUUAGGUUACAUGGGAUGUUGUCAAUAUGUUGUUUUAUCGUUUAGCAUGACAAUCCUUCCUGCCAUAAAUAUACAGUAAUAGGAGCUUGUCCAUAACGAAUGUAGCCUUUUGUGACCUUCACAAUGCAUUUGUCUCACUUGGUGAAUCUGAACAGUUGUUACUUUUGACACGUGAAAUUGUCAUGCACACAUGGUGAAGGUUGAUCAAACCUGAACUAUUUUGCUUUCACUUAAACGAAAUAGAAGACUGUCAAUAUUCAAAUAUAUUUUUAAAGAAUGAGUGUGACUAAAUACUGAUGCACCUUACAAAGGGACUUGCUGUUCGUGUUGUAGCACUCUGACAUUACCGUUUACAUUAAUGCUUUUACUGAAAAGGAUUAUCAAAAAACUAAUUACCCAAUAAAUGUUUAUAUU